GCCGCGUCACGCCGUUCGUGGUGGUUGAGCACGUGACGCGGCUGGGGUUUGCAGCUGGUUGUUUCUGCGUACUGACAACAUUCCAGUCACUGCAGGGAUGCUACCUGACCUGCUGAGCUUUGUUUUUUGAUCAAGAAGUUGAUCAAGAUUCCAACAUCUGCAGUCUCUUGUUUCUCCAACACAUUGACACAUCUUCAUUCUGAGGGAGGACAUUGGAGGACCCGAAGGAAAACUGCACAAUAAGAGGGAGAACAAGCAAGCUCCACCCAGACAGCACUUGACAUCUGAUUCGAACCAGGAUUGCUGCAGCUAUAUGGCAACAACACUAAUAGCCCUAGGGUUGUGCCAGCUAAAGUGAUGAAUGUUAUCAAGAAGCACAUAUUGAGAGAUGGAGCUGGCAAUGGGAAGGAAUGGACACUGUUCACGGAAGCUUCCCAUUGAGGCAAACGAUUAAACAGCAAAAAUGUCAUAUGGGGCUGUUGAUGGAAGCAGCUUCAGUGGACGGAAUCCAUUUGGAGGGUCUUCCAGACAAGGAUAUCAACCUUUAGCAUCACAGAUUGAUCCCAAUGAAAUCCAAGAAGUAUUUCAGGAGCUCACAGCCAACAUUUUUCGCAUUAACACAAACGUGACUUCCUUAGAGAAGAGUUUGCAGGCUCUGGGGACACCUAAUGAUACACAAGAGCUCAGAGAUGGACUGCACACAACUCAGCAGGAGACAAAUAAAACCAUCGGCUCCUCGACAAAGUAUAUCAAGCAGCUUUCGGAAAUAGUUCGUGGAUCAUCCAGGCGGGAAUGGUUGCAAUUGGACAGGCUCAAAAACCAGCUGUCGGACUCUAUUCAGCGCUAUGGAGCUUUGCAGAAGAAACUUGCUGAAAAGUCCAGAGUAUUGCUUCCUGCAACAUUGAAGAGCAGACAGAUUGCCAAGAACCCCUUUACAGGGAUUAGUGAUGAGGACGAGUUCCUUGGAAGGAGCCCCGGUAAAUGGCAGGCCACGGUUGAAGCUUCAGAUCCCGCACAGGCCCAGGGCCAGGCUUUCCUUUCAGAGGUCACGGAGGAUGAAGUGGAAUCGAUAAAACAAAGAGAAGAGGCAUUAUUACAGAUUGAGGCCGACAUGCUGGAUGUGAAUCAGAUUAUUAAGGACCUAGCUUUACUGGUGCAUGAACAGGGGGAAAACAUCGAUAGCAUCGAGGCCAAUAUUGAGAGGGCAGCUACACAUGUUGAUACAGCGAACGAACAGCUUAUGAAAGCAAGUCAGCACCAGAGAAGAGCUCGGAAAAUGAAAUGCUGCUUCAUUCUAACUGCUUUAAUAAUAUUGGCUGUCAUCAUCAUCAUUAUUGUGGUGUCAGUAAAGCAUUGAACUUUGGACAUCAAACUCCAGGGUUUUCCAAUCACAGAAAGAGAAUAAGUCAAAUGGAAUAAUGCUUGACCCCGCAAUCAUUCUCCCAUUGUCAUUGUGUGAGCAGAUAAUACAGAUUCCUGGUGGCAGACAAGUUUACACUAAUCAGCCUCACGAAGUGCAAGUAAUAUCAGAUCAAGUCUUAACAGCCAUUUUUUUUAAAUUAAAUAAUGUAAUAGUAAUAAAGUUUAAAGUUGCUAUCCUU